AAACAUAAAACCGUUAGUCGGAAUCGCGGCGCGGGCGACGAUGGACUUCGACAACAAAGUUAUCGUGAUCACCGGCGCGAGUUCCGGCAUCGGAGCAGCUGCCGCACUAUUGUACGCCAAGCAGUCUGCCAAAGUUGUCUUAGUUGGAAGAAAUGAAGAAUCUUUGAACAAAGUUGCGAAACAAUGCGAGGAUGCAAGAGGUAUUAAACCACUAACUAUCAAGGCGGAGUUGUCUCAGGACGACGAUGUGAAGAAUAUUGUGACAAAAACUAUAAACACGUUUGGACGGAUCGACGUUCUCGUGAACAACGCUGGUGUUGGAGUCCAAGGAAGCAUAUUAGACGGUGUAGAGUUACUUGAUCGUGCUAUAGCCACUAAUUUACGUGCAGUGUACCAUCUGACAAGCUUAGCGGCGCCACAUCUCAUCAAAACAAAGGGCAACAUUGUGAACGUAUCGAGCGUGGCGGCCUUACGACCGAUCAAGGACGUGCAUUACCUGCCGUAUUGUGUAUCGAAAGCCGGUCUCGACCAAUUUACCAAGUGUUUGGCGGUUGAGCUUGGUCGUCAAGGUGUCCGCGUCAACUCUGUCAAUCCAGGCGGUACUAAUACCCCAUUCGCAGAAACAGCUGGUUUUACCAAAGAACAAGUUUCGGAGUUAUACAAAAGCCGCAGCUCAUUGUACCCGCUCGGUAAAAUGGCAGAAAGCGAGGAGGUCGCUGACCUGAUUCUUUAUCUAUCGAGCGAUCGCGCGCGCAGUAUCACGGGCAGUAUUUACGUUAUAGAUAACGGCGAAAUAUUGGUGUGAUGUUAUUUUGUAAAAUUAAACACGAAAUUGAUAAUGCAGCUUGAAUUGAUUAAAUUGUAAAAUUUCAUAGCAGUGAAUAUUAUAAAAUCACUGGUUAUAUAUUUAUUUAUAACGAAAACUAAUAAUAAACGGAGUUAAGUUCUGCUAUACGAGA